CACGUGUUAGUUGUUUUGAGAAAGGAGAAUUUGAAAAUGGCUCGUGGAUUCAAUCGUCGCAAAAAUCAAACACGGAAAGAAAGAAGAAAAAAUGAACGAAUUGCUAAAAAAGCUAAGAAACAUGAAUUUUUUAUGAAAAAGAGUUCUAAAAUCAAACAAGCUAUUAUUAAAGAUGCAACAGAAAAGAAUAAGAUUACUCCAGUUGUUAAAAAGAAACAACCAAAGUCACCAAGAAAGUCAACAAUGAAAAAUGAUGUUAAAAAAAUACAGUUACAAGAAGCUAUUGCAGAAGAUGAUAAAGCUAUUAACAGACUUGAAAAACAAUUGAAGUUAAAAAACAGAAAAAAGAAGAUACCAAAAUCCUUUUAUGAUGAUGGUUUAGGAUAUUUGCUUGAGAUAAUAGAUAAUUCUAAUGAAACUUCAAAGAAAGAAGAAAUAUCUUCAAGACUUCACAGUUUAAAGAAAAUAGGCAAAAAAGAGAGAAAAGUGUCUUUUCAAGACAACAGUGAAUUUGAUGAAGAUAUGGAUAUUAAAUCAGAAGUUGAAAAUGAUGAAGAAUAUGAUGAUGGUGGUGGUGGUGGUGGUGGUGAUGAUGAUGAUGAAAGUGAUAGUUGCAAAAGUGAUGAUCAUGAAAAUGAUAGUGAGCAGAGUGAGGACGAUGAUAGUGGUGUUGAAAAUAAUUUAGAGGAUAAUGAUAGCAUUGAAAGUGUUAAUGAAGGUGUAGGUGAUAUAAAAGACAAUGACAAGCAAAAAAAGAGCAAGUCAAAAUUCUGGGAGGAUAUUUAUGGACGCUUGAGAGAUAAAGAAGGAAAUAUAGUAAAAACAGAAUCAAGAAAUUCAGGUGAAAAAUAUAUUCCUCCAGCAAAACGAUUAAGUAUGACCACCAGUACUAAAAAAGAAAAACAACUUGAAAUCAUACAAAAACAAUUAAGAGGACUAUUAAAUAGAUUGAGUGAAGCAAAUAUGCAGCCCAUAUGUUAUCAGAUAGAAGAAAUAUAUAUGAAGAAUAGUAGAAAUGAUGUAAAUGAAACUUUAUCGGCUUUAUUAAUGGAGUUAAUUGUUUCCCCAGUAUUGAUGGCUAACAGACUAGUAAUGGAACAUGCUAUGUUAAUAGCAUUAUUACAUGGAAAUAUUGGUGAAGAAAUAGGUGCACAUUUUCUUCAAACUUGGAUCUGCAAAUUAGAAGAUUUUCUGAAAGAUAAUUCUUAUGAAGGAAAAAUGAUUGAUAACUUAAUUUGUUUUAUUAUUCAUCUUUUUACUUUUAAAAUUACAAGCUCAAUACUUAUUUACAAUAUUUUGCAUAAAUUAAUUGAAAGUUUUCAAGAGAAAGAUAUAGAAUUAAUUCUGUUGAUUAUAAAAAAUGUUGGAUUUUCAUUAAGGAAAGAUGAUCCAAGUGCUCUUAAACAAAUAAUUUUGGAAAUUCAAAGAAAAGCGGCAGACACAUCACUGAAACAAGAUCAUAAUAGAUCUCGAGUUCACUUCAUGUUGGAUACGCUUACAGCUAUUCGUAAUAACAACGUGUAUAAAAUUCAGAAUUAUGAUCCUGAUUUGGUUGAACAUAUGAGAAAGAUGUUAAGAUGUUAUCUCCAUAAAGGUUGUAGUAUUCAAGAAUUGAGAAUAUCUUAUGGGGAUUUAUUAAAAGCAGAUAAAGGAGGUGGAAGAUGGUGGAUUGUUGGUUCAGCAUGGGAUGAUAAUUCUGAUAAAACUGAUCAGAAACAAGAUAUUGAAAACUCAAAUGAACCAUUUAACUACAGUGAAAAUCUUCUGCAAAAAGCAAAAGCGUAUAAAAUGAAUACUAAUGUUCGUAAAUUGAUAUUUUGCACAAUUGCAUCAUCAGAGGACUAUUUAGAGGCAUUUAGUAAAUUAAUUCGGCUGAAUCUGAAGAGCAUGCAAUACAGAGAAAUCAUUGUUGUGAUAUUGGAUUGCUGUCUUCAAGAGAAUCCAUUUAAUUUAUUUUAUGUUGUUUUGGCUGAUAAAUUUUGCCAGUUGGAGAGAAAAUACAGGAUGGCCCUUCAGUGUGCAGUUUGGGAUAAAAUAAAGUAUAUUGACAAAUUAGUGCCUUCUCAGCGAAACAAUUUUGCAGAUUUUUUACUUCAUUCGUUUAUUGGUGAAGCACUUAACAUUACAGUUCUCAAGGUGAUGAGCUUUUCUGAUUUAAACGUCAAAAUGAUGAAAUUUCUGAAGAGAAUUUUUCGUAAACUGCUAUUAAAACAUAGCGAAGAACAAUGUGCAAAAAUAUUUAGUAAAAUUCCAAGUGAUCAAAAAACUUUCAAAGAAAGCCUAAGGUUAUUUAUGCUGAUGUUUUUAGAUGAUAACAAAGAAAUUGUAAAUAACAGAUUAUCUUUAUUAGAAGAAAAAUGA